AUGUCUAUUGUCCCUGGUCUGUAUAGGAUCACCACUCACCUCGCCCCCAACCCAGCCAUUGGGGUUGACCCGAGAAUUAACUCUGCAAUCAAGCCAGUUGUCGCUGCACCUCCUGAUUUUUCCCCUGAGGGAACAAUAUGGGAAGUGUUACAGGAAGAUGGCGAACUCUAUCUUCUUCUUGUCAAUAGCGCCAGGACUCGCGAUGACGACGACAAAGUGUUUGCGUACUAUGCGGAACCGGGUGAGAAGUGGAAAAUUGUCCCAUCCAGAAUACAGAGGGUAUACGUGAGUUGGCCGUCUUAA